AUGGAGUUUCCACGCUCUUGGUUAGAACUUUCUAAGAGACAGCACCAAGUCACAGAACAAUUAGCCAAUAUGUAUACCCAGUCCUCCUUAUACAAAGAAAUGAGAACUGAACUGGAUCCACUCUUGGGGGAACAGAAGGCCAGGAGGAGCUCAGCCUUGGAGGAGAUUACGUGUGUCACCCCAUUCUGGCAUCAGCUCUGGUGGAUUAUCUGUCGUUCAUUCAAAAACUUCCAGGGUUUUUCAUGGGUCACUGUGAUUCAGGCAAUUAUUGAAGUCAUAAUGGCUGUGAUUGUGGGUACUACUUUCCAUUACCUACAAGAUGACUGUACUGAAGUCCAGAGGAGAUCUGUCGUGUUAUACUUGCUCACAGGCUAUGAAUGUUUCAAAAGUGUGUCCGCCAGGGAGCUCUUCAUGAUCAACAGGGAUCUUUUUCUACAUGAACAUACCAGUGGAUACUACAGAGUGUCAUCAUAUUUGUUUGGGAAAUUGCUGGCUGAGCUGGUACCCAGGAGGUUAUUGCAAAGUAUUAUAUUCACUGUUAUAAUAUUCAGCAUAACAGGAAUAAGAAAAGAUGUGAAUGGUUUCUUCACUAUGAUAUUUACUGCCAUGAUGUUGACUUAUUCUACCAGUUCCCUGUCACUGUCAUUAGGAGCAGGGAAGAAUGCAGAAGCUGUCCCAACACACCUCAUAAUCAACUAUAUUUUGUUCAUGCUGUUUACCUCAGGUUUAUCACUAUAUCACAUAAACUUCAUGUACGACCUGUCAUGGAUUCAGUACUUCAGCAUUCCUCAUUAUGGAUUUUCAGCUUUGCAGCACAAUGAAUUCUUGGGACAAAACUUCUGUCCAGAACACAAGACAGCAGAAAUCAGUAGAUGUCAGGGCUAUGUAAUAUGUGCUACUGAAGCAUACUUGGCAAACCAAGGCAUUGAUAUCUCAUCAUGGGGCUUCUGGAAGAAUUAUGUGGCCUUGGGUUGUAUAAUGAUUAUCUUCUUAUCAAUGACCUAUGUGCAGUUGUUACAUCAUAAGAAAAAGAGAUGUUUUUAAAUCACUCUCCCACUUUCUUUGAAUUAAUCUGACAUUUGAAAAAAAAUAAAACUUUUCUGGCGGCCAUUGUCA